AAACUUACUGUCAUUUCAAUUUCAAUUUGGUAACUUUAAGUUGCGAUUUCAUUGUCAUUCCGAUUGAAGUUAAAGGAAUUUUAGAUUAAAAAUUUUGUGAAAUUUUCAUCCAAAUGGCUUUUCAAUCUUUGUUGGUGUUGGAGAAACCGCUGCAGCAUUUGGGUUUGGCGGAUUGGAACAGCAGGGUGACUACUUUGAGGAAUGUUGCCGAUGCCCGCAGAAAUGAUGCCUUCAACAUACGUCAAAGUUCUAGGACUCUAAGAAAUGAGACACGCAUAGAGGCCGAUUGGACAAAUUAUGAAACUAAUGAGGCCUUAUCGGAAAGGAUUUCAGAGUUAAAUCAAUGGCGAAAUACCAUUCGAAUCACCUUGGAGCGCAUUGAGCGCGAAGUUAAAAUGCUAAGCGAGGAAAAGGCCUCUACGGAACGUGAAUUAGAGGCCCUGCAGACCCCACUUUCGGUUUUGGGCGAAUGUUUGACUAUGAGAGAUUGCCGUUUGGGUUCCGAAAUCACCUAUGACGAUGCUGAUUUGGAGUUAAAAAAUGAAUUGGCUGUGGUGGAAAAUAAUCAACGCUUGUUGGCCGAUCAAUGCCAAAAGGCUUGGGAGAAAUUAUGUCGCCUACAGGAGGUAAAAUUUAAACUAAAUUUGGAGAUAACCAAUAAGGCAGAAGCUGAAGAGUUGGAUGCGGCCCAGUUGUCAUUGAAUAAAUUUGCUGCUAAUAUAACCUAUAAGCCAGAUCCCACCAGGAAUCCCAAAAAUUGUUGCUCUUACAAGGCCUGGCAAGAGCAUACCGAAAAUAUAAAACAAUUGGCUGAAAAUGAACUGGCCGAUACCUAUGCCAUACGGGAGGCUUUAUUUGUGGCUCGAGAGAAGGCUAGGAAUUUGCUAAUGUCCCAACAGGAAAGGACAGAGCAUACCAUAAGGAAGCGUAUUUUUGAGACUCAAAGGGCACGCAAUGAGCUGGAAUGGCAGCAGAAGAAGAUGAAAGAGGAAAUGGAAAAGGCUGUUUGUGAAAUAAAAAUUUUGGAACAAGCCUUGCGUGACAAAACUGAUGCCGCUAAACUGGCAGAAACUCGCUUGGAAAAUCGUGCUCAACGUUCUGGCAUGGAGCUCUGUAUUGAUGAACCACAUGAACAGUUGUGCUUGGAGGUACAAAAGCUACGUGAUAUUCGUCGUCGCCUCAUGGAUAAGAUUGACGAAUCGAAAACCAAUUACAAUCUACUGUCGGAUCAUGCUCAACGCAUUGAUGUCGAUUUGGAAAAUAAACAACAUUCUCUGAUGACUGACAUCAGAGCUUUGGAUUUACGCAAACGUCUAAAGGGUGGAGAGUUCAGUCAAAAUGAUGCUGAUGUGCCCUCGGCUCAAACGGAGCGAAAUAUUGUUCUGACAAAAAUGGAAAACGAAAUACCUAAAAAUUAAUAUCACCUAUUUUGUCUUGUGUCAGUUUAUCUGAAUUUAGUUUUUGUCUUUAUUCAAAAUAAAUAAAAUUCUGCUAAUCUCUCGUCAAA